CAUUUUCAGUGGAACGCGGUUUCCCGCCACACACGUAUAAAUAUCCGAUUCUUUUUUUACAUUUUCUUAUUCGAUCAAUUAAAAUCGCUCCCAAUUCGGUUUCUCUUGAUCUCGCCGUAACGUCGAUUCCGGGAAGAAGAGAAACAUUUGGAAGAAUUUCAAGGGAUUUUGAAGGUGGGGUUUUCUGCGUUAUUCUAGGUUGAAGAAAUGGAGUUGGAGUGUAAUUUCGGAAUACAGAGAUUGGAACUGGUUGAAUCUCUAAACAUAGAGGAGGAUUCUGUAAUGGAAUCAGGAUAUGGGGAUUUCGGGUGCAGUCAUUACAGAAGAAGAUGCAAGAUUAGGGCACCCUGUUGCGAUGAAAUCUUCGAUUGCAGGCAUUGCCACAAUGAAAAAAAGAAUUCAAUGGAAGUCGAUCCUCUUGAUCGUCAUGACGUACCUCGGCACAAGAUUGCAAAGGUUAUAUGCUCUCUGUGUGAUACAGAACAAGAUGUUCAGCAGAAAUGUAGAAAUUGUGGGGUUUGUAUGGGAAAGUACUUCUGUACAGAAUGCAAGUUCUUCGACGACGAUGUUUCAAAGAACCAAUACCACUGUGAUGGUUGUGGGAUAUGCAGAACCGGAGGCGAGGAGAACUUCUUCCAUUGUUAUAAAUGUGGAUGUUGUUACGCGAAAUCAUUGAAGAAUUCACACUGCUGUGUUGAAAGAGCAAUGCAUCAUAAUUGUCCUAUCUGCUUCGAGUAUGUGUUUGAUUCUACCAAAGACAUUAGUGUACUACCAUGCGGCCAUACGCUGCACUUGGAUUGCUUGAAGGAGAUGGAAGCACAUUUUCAGUUUUCAUGCCCUGUUUGUUCAAAAUCCGUCGGUGAUAUGUCUAGUUUGUGGGAACAGCUUGAUGAAGAGGUGGCUUCUACACCGAUGCCCGAAAUCUAUCAGAACAAGAUGGUUUGGAUCCUCUGCAACGACUGUGGAACAACUUCAGAGGUUCAUUUCCAUGUAGUGGCACAUAAAUGUUUAAGUUGCAAAUCAUACAAUACUAAGCAGACUCGUGGGGGGCCAGCUUCAUGCUCAUCAAGGAUCUGAAACACAGAAAGAAAAUUACUUAUAAUGAGGCCAGUUAGAUAUAUAUCUUUUGUUACAAAGAAGUGGCGAAAAUAAGCUUCUUCUGUUCUGUUUUCAUCAGUGACAAGCCAUUAAUGCAUAAAAAAGAAGUAUGCUUAAAAGAAGUUUAGUUCCAGAAAAGUGACAUCCAUUCAUUCUUUACAAGAUGUUGAGUAUAGUUCAACGAGUCACUCGCAAUACAUACUUCUCACAGGUACAAAUGAUGCUGCAGAAGAAAAAUAUAAAACAUGAGCCUAUAAGAAUCUCCUUUUCUUUUUCUUUUAGUUACCAGAGACGACACCAAGAAAAUACAAACAAUAGGAAACUAGAAAAAAACUAAAGAAGAACAGAUAAACUAAAAGCCUUGAAGCGAAGAGAUACAAUGGGGAAGUAUUGGAGGAUUCCACCAGUUUGUGGACAUUGAAGAGAACUUUGCAAGACUAUGUCCCACCAAGUUGGCUUCUCUUUUGACAUGAUUAAACUAAAGUGAUUCAAGGAAGCUCUACCGGAUUUUGAUAUCUUCAGCCAAUUUGCUGAUUCUCCAGUGGGAUGGAGACUAUCACCUUUCAGAAUUAGUAUUAUCUGUUUGAAUCUCCUUUUCUUACAAUCUGCCUAUAACCAUAUCUCCUUGCUAGUUGUAUAGCCAGCAAAAUACCUUAGAUUUCAGCAAAGAGAGGGUCAUUGUUGUUCAAAUUGUAGUCCCACAGCCUAGGAAGUUAUCCUCUGGAAACUACCGCUGAAGCAGCUUUAUGAAAACCUACACGGCCACAAAAAUGAUCUCGAGUCAACUGUGCCUGACUCGGGGUGGGGUUGGGGAUUGGAAUAGUAGCUUCAGGAUGUGGUGCAGCCGUCUCAAAAUCUUCACGAUCACAAGAGUACUACAUCUUAUGUGUAGUACUCUAGUCAGAUUGUACUAUAUAGAUACUACCCUUUCCGAUUACACAUCAAUCCUCUCUGAUUAAUCGGCAAGGUUUCCUGUAAAUUAGUGCUGGUCAAUGUUGCAAAACAGAACUGCUCCCUGCAAAAUGGUACAAUCGUUGUUUGGUCUGUGUAGGUUAGUGUGCCGUGUGCAUAAAACUUCUACAAGCAAAAUAUAU